AUGGCAACGAUAUCCCACCCUGUGACGACGGCAUUGGUCGAGAACACGGGCACACAACCCUACACCCAGAAGAAGGUCACCUUGGGCCCCGCCAAUGUCAUCGCCUACAUGUUCCAAGGAACCGGUGUCUUUAUGUGCCUCGAUGUCGUGGUGUGGCCUAUGGAAGUCGCCAGGACAAGGAUGCAAGCAAGCAAGGAUAACCGGCCUCAAUCGACAUUCAAGUUGCUGCGCGACAUUGCAAGAACUGAAGGUCCCACGAAGUUGUUCCGUGGCCUUGGUCCAUUCUUGCUGACUUCAUUGCCUUCGCAGUUCUUAUACCUCGGUGUCUACGAGCACGCCACAUCCGUCAUCGAGCAUAACUUUCCCGAUCACCACAACACCAACAGCGCCAUGCGAGAGGUCGCUGUGGCAGGAACGGCAGGAUUUCUGGCAGAAGCCUUCUCGGCGAUUCUGUAUGUCCCCACAGAUAUCAUCUCCCAGCGAUUGCGUAUCCAAUCGGAAUCAAAAGGGGGUCCCCACAUGACCAGCCUAGACAUCUUCAAGUCGAUCUACAGGACGGACGGCUUACGUGGAUACUACCAAGGCUUCAUGGCAACCCUCCUCGCCUUCACACCCUCCAGCGUCACCCAUUGGGCCGGCUACGAAGCCUCCAAAAAAGUCCUUUUCAACCACUUCUCCGCAAAAGAACAACACCACCUCCGUCAAGGCAAAACAGAUUCAUUCUAUACCCACUACCGUCUCUCCCAAAACAACUAUUUCAUCGUUGGACUCUCGGCCUUGAACGCCUCGGUCAUGUCGUUGGUCAUCUCGUCCCCCUUUGAUAUGGUCCGCGUGCGGUUACAGCUGUUGGAUAGUGUCCAUCAUGAACAGGCGGAGCAGUUGAAGAAGGGUUGGUGGGCCAUGGCAAAGUUGAUUGCGAAACAGGAGGGGGUGAGGGGGUUCUUUAAGGGGAUGGCGCCCAAGGUUAUGGCGGCUAUCCCUGGAGGGAUGGGGUACUUGUUUGCGUAUGAGUACAUUAAGGAAAACCUUGAAGGCGAUUCGACAAAGACGCCAGCUUCUGGUUCUUCUUCCUCUUCGCCAUCCACCAUCUCUUCUUCUGUACCCUCGAUCCUCCCACCUACCUUCUCGACCUAG